AUGGCGAUUACUAUUCUUGCUCCAGUGGUGGAGAAUGCUGCUCCCUACAACGCUGACUCGGAUGACUCCUUGUCCGUGGCCUCCGAUGAGGAUGUCGAGAUGACGGGCACCUCCAGGCCUCACAAGCGACAGCGUUUACAAGGAGAGUCGAAUAUCGCCACAGGAAUCGUUACACCUGGAGAGGUGGUCACGGAUGAUCCGCAAUGGAUGAGAGGCCACGGCACGUACACCACUCCGCUCUCGACAUCUAUCAUUGCCACUGUCGCCGGCACAGUUCUAAAGACAAAUAAGCUACUCUCUGUGACCCCCAUGCGCGCCCGCUACAUCCCCGAGAUUGGCGACCUAGUCGUUGGCCGCAUCGUCGAAGUGCAAUCCCGACGGUGGAAGGUCGACGUCGCCGCUCCAUUACUCGCCCAGCUCCCUCUUUCCGCAAUCAAUCUUCCCGGUGGUAUUCUGCGUCGACGAACAACUGCCGAUGAACUCCAGAUCCGAACAUUUUUCAGCGAGGGCGACCUUGUAAUUGCCGAAGUACAGAGCGUGCACCAAGAUGGAUCAGCGUCACUACACACACGGACUUUGAAAUACGGAAAGCUGCGGAACGGCGUCUUCCUUGCCGUCAGCGGAACCGGAGGUAGUGGAGCGUCCAGCUCCAGUGUUAAGGGCGGUCGCGGCACUAAGUCGGUUGCUGGCAGCUCUCUAGCAGCCCCCGGAGGCUCUGGUACCGGUGGUGUGGUGCGAUCACGACGACAGGUGUGGACCGUAUCCGGUGCCAAUGGUGGUGGUGACAUCCAAAUCAUUCUCGGAGUGAACGGGUAUAUUCAUAUCUCCAAGCUUGCCGAUGGGGCCGAGGCAGCAUCUUCUGCUACUGAGAACGUCUCGAUCACUCGCUUGGAAGAAAUGGCAUCGAGUUCGAUCUACUCCAGCCAAAACGAGGAUAUCUCGGCCAAGACCCGCCGGGAGAUUGCGCGGUUGGCACAGUGCAUUCGGGUUCUGGUACAGAAUGGAGUACGUGUCGAUGAAGAAACGGUUAUGAAAGCCUACGAUGCUAGCCAAGAGGUUGAUUUGGAGAUUGGGGAUGAGGAAGAUGAGGAUGAUGAGUGGCGACAGGAAGGUCGCGAGUACUUGGAGGGUGCUAAAGCCCAGCAGAUCCUCCAGUAUGUGAUGCGGUAG